AUGAAGGAAGACAAUUCAGAAUUUACUUUCAAUCGAGAAAGAUGCGGCGGUGACGCGAUGUCGGUAGCGCCGGCAGUAAAGCGCGAGCGCGACUGCGGGCCUGGGGCAAGCGGGGGAGAGGGUGACGGGGGUGGCAGUCCAGGGAGAAAGCGCCGUAAGCAAGCUGCACCGGCGCGCGCGCAGCCACCGCCGUUAGACCUGCAUGCCAAGAUGGCUGACAUCUACAAAAGCGCGCUGGCUUUUGGAGAGCUCACUCUACCCACUUUUGAUCCUCUCGCCGCCUUUAGACUCCUACCUCGCCACGACCCUCCGAGAAUCUUUAACCCUGAAGCCUACUGCGAUCUGUGUUGCAAAGAGUUUUGCAACAAAUACUUCUUGAAGACUCACCGAGCCAAUAAACACGGUAUUUACGAUGGAGAACCUCAACCUCAUCCCGGAUUUCAGCAGCAGCAGCAACAACCACAGACAUCUCCUCCGCGAAGAGCUUCCGAUGAGGAAUCCGGUGGAACUCCUCGGCGACUGUCACCAGAUUCGGCGAGACGCGCCCGUGAAUCCGCUUUUCAACCUGAUGUUCUGCGACGACUUGGUGUUACUAAUCCGGAAGCGUUCUGUGAAAUUUGUUGCAAAGAGUAUUGCAACAAGUAUUUCUUGCGAACUCAUAGAGAGAGACGACACGGAGUGCCGCCGUUACGAUCACCAGCAACCGACAACUCACCGAACCAUCUUGCUGCUUCGUCACCAACUAUACCUAUUUUACAAACGUCGCCGCACACUGAAACACCACCGCGAGCUCUCUCUUUACCGCCUCCGUUUGAUAAUGGAGAUCCACCUGAAGUGAAACAGGAGCGUGAGGACCGAGAAGACAUAGAAAGUGUAUUACGAGAGAGUCAGACGAGUCCUUUAAAUUUGAUUGUUGAAGAAAGAGGCGCCGCAUCGCCCGGGUCUGCUAGUGAAGAGUUACGUAAACUACAAACGAUGAUAUCACAACUAAACGAGCUAGCAGCUGAGCGUCUAGCGGAUGAGCCUAACGAGGCACCUCGGCCGCCAUCCUCUUCUCCCCCGCCACAAGACGAAAGACGCGGGGGAGCCGGUUCCAGUUUCUGUGAGAUUUGCAACAAAGAGCUAUGUAAUAAAUAUUUCAUGCGAACACAUAUGCAAAGAAUGCACGGUAUUUCACUGGAGAGUGGCACGCAGCUAGGCGGAGUUACGUGUGAUAUAUGUCAUAAAGAAUUGUGCAGUAAAUACUUUUUGCGAGUACAUAAACAUAACACGCACGGAAUACCGGCACCGCCUGCGCCGGCAAACGCCGCUCCUGCUGAGCCCUGCCCCCUUUGUGCGCGUCGUUUUCGGGGACCGAGAGCUCUACGGGCACACUUGCUAGCAGAACACGCCCCGCCAGCUCGACCGCCUCCACCGCCGCCCUUGCCGCCACGUCCACUCGACCUCCUUACGCGUGACAAGCCAUAUGCCUGCGCUUAUUGCCCGUUCACUACGGAUGUUCUAGCGUUUCUGUUCGCUCAUGAACGCGCUCACGUUCAACGCGCCAAUGAGCAGCAAGAGAGCGGUGAAAUGGAGCAGGAGGGUAGUGCAGAGCCGAGUGAAACCGGUGAGCCCGAGGGAGAGAAUGAAGCAGAUGCCUACUCUUGCUCGAGAUGCGAGUUCAGGGCUGAAGGGUUUGCCGCAUUGGAGGCUCACGUGCGUGCUGCGCACGGGGGCGCGGGGGCCCUCCUGGCGGUGCCGCGGGCGCCGCGCGCGCCUCUGACGAUGCAGCCGUUCGUGUUGGAGGAAGCGGGGGGCGCGCUGAGCCUGUUACCGGCGCUCGUUUUCCUGCCGGUGCGCCGUCGGGCUACGCGCCGCGCCACCGUCACCCUAACGCUGACGCCUGCCUAG